GCUUUUUCUUUGAUUUCUAUUAGCUUGUAUAUAUAUGUAUUUAAUGUGAUCAAUUUAGAUAACCUCUACUCGUAUGUGAUAAGAAAAGUACUGGCAAUUUGUCAUUAAUUACGUGCUAUUUUCAAGUUUGAAUAAAAUAAAGAUGAAAGAAGAUAAACGUGCUAAUUUAACUACAGAGAGCGAUGAGCUUUCUAAGAAGGCUCUUAAGAAACAGCAAAGAGAGGCAGAAAAAGCAGCAAAGAAAGCUGAACGUAAAGCUCAGAUUCAAGCACAACAAGAUGUAGUUCAGGAAGAGGAUAUAUCAGUUGGGAAAUAUGGAGAAAUAGGAUUAAUACAGAGUAAAGAGAAACACACAGAAAGGAAAUUUACUGAUGUUAAAAAUUUGAAUCCCAGUUUAGAAAAUCAGACUAUAUGGUUAAGGGGACGUUUACAUACUAGUCGUGCUAAAGGUAAACAGUGUUUUAUCGUUCUAAGACAGCAAUCUUAUACAAUACAAGGUUUAGUUGCAGUCAAUGAAAAAGUCAGCAAACAAAUGAUUAAAUUUAUAUCCAACAUUACUAAAGAAUCUAUUGUGGAUAUAGAAGCAGUUGUAAAAUGUGUUCCUUCCCAAAUUGAAUCAUGUACUCAAAAAGAUGUUGAAGUUCACAUUGAAAAAAUUUUUGUAAUAAGUGCUGCAAAACCACAAUUGCCUUUACAAAUUGAAGAUGCUUCAAGACCUGUAGGGGAAGUCGAUGAUAAUGCUUUGAACAUAAAAGUGAAUCAAGAUACUAGACUAGAUAAUAGAGUCUUGGAUCUAAGGACUCCAGCUAAUCAGGCUAUAUAUAGAAUAGAAGCAGGUGUCUGUAAAUUAUUCAGAGAUAUACUUACAAGUAAAGGAUUUGUUGAAAUUCAUACACCAAAAAUUAUAUCUGCUGCAAGUGAAGGUGGUGCAAAUGUAUUCACAGUAUCAUAUUUUAAAGGAAAUGCUUAUUUAGCACAGUCUCCACAACUUUAUAAACAAAUGGCAAUAGCUGCUGACUUUGAUAAAGUUUUUACAACAGGAGCAGUCUUUAGAGCUGAAGAUUCAAAUACUCAUAGACAUUUGACAGAAUUCGUCGGUCUCGAUUUAGAAAUGGCAUUCAAAUACCAUUAUCACGAAGUAGUUGAUACUAUUGGACAGUUAUUUGUAGAGAUGUUUAAAGGUCUCCGUGACAAUUACGCUGCCGAAAUCGAGGCUGUACGUCAGCAGUAUAAUGUCGAACCAUUUAAAUUUUUAGAUCCGCCUUUGAAAUUAGAAUUUAAGGAUGCUAUUGAAUUAUUAGCGGAAGCUGGUGUAACUUUGGGUGAAGAAGAUGAUUUAUCUACGCCGGAUGAAAAAUUGUUAGGCAAACUUGUUAAAGCAAAAUAUGAUACGGAUUUUUACAUCUUGGAUAAUUAUCCAUUGGCAGUAAGACCGUUUUAUACCAUGCCAGAUCCAAAUAAUCCGAAAACAUCAAAUUCUUAUGACAUGUUCAUGCGUGGUGAAGAAAUUAUGUCUGGUGCGCAACGUAUUCAUGAUCCUGAACUUCUUACAGAACGUGCAAAGCAUCAUGAAAUUGACAUAGAAAAGAUAAGAUCAUAUAUUGAUGCAUUUAAAUAUGGUUGCCCUCCCCAUGCUGGUGGUGGUAUUGGAUUGGAGCGUGUUGUUAUGUUAUAUCUUGGCUUAGACAACAUUAGAAAAGUCUCGAUGUUCCCUCGUGAUCCUAAACGUAUUACGCCAUAAAAUUUCAACUUUAAAAUAAUUCGUGCAGUACAUAUAUAUUAAUGUAUAAUGAAUACAUUUGUAUCAUUUGUAAUUACUAUAUCAUUGAAAAAAGCAAUAAACAGACAUUUUGAAUA